AUGAAGCUCUCACUCUCGCUGCUCGCCUCAACUCUUGCCAUCGGCGUCUUCGCCGACCUUCACAACACAGGCAUCUGUUACGACUCCCCAGGAGACGAUGUGCAAGUGUACAACAAAGACGCCACGGACAAGGCAUGCACUGCAUACAAGAAACGAAACACCGGAGACAAGCAGUGGGACCAGUGCCCUGACUGCACCUUGUUGAGUGACCAGGACCUCCUGUACUACUGCCAGUCUGAGGGACAGCACAUUGGAGGAGACGAGUUGAAUUACUAUUGCAAGCAGAACGGCGCAGGAGGUAGCUUGGCGUGGUAA